GCGGCGUAAUCGAAAGCACGCUUCCGACGCAGCGCGAACGUUUUAUGUUCUUCCCGCAACGUUACUGGACUUGUACUUGUUUUCUUGUGACUGCCCAGCGUAAACGUUACGGUAACAUCACGUUGUCACCGCUACAUUACAGAGAUGACAAACAUUUGCAUUCCUCCAUCACCAAACUGGUACAGUCCCCAUGUGUCAGAUGGCACCGGCAACGGACUCUUCUGUUUCGCUGCUAAAAACUCUGUGGUCAUCGUAGAUGCGUCACAAGGGACACCCUCUUACAAAGACAAUUUCUGUGUAUCUCAGGGAAGAGUCAUUUCUGUGUCGUUCUGUCGCAGCGAAAUACUUAACGGAGAGACCCCGAACCUAUUGACAGUUUCAGACGACAAAUCCUUGCGUGUUUGGAAUGUAUCAACGAAAACUAUUGUGCGAGAAACUGUCUGCCACACUGCUGUUGUGGACGCAGAUUGGAGGGGAAAUCUGUCCACAUCUGUCAUUUUCAGCGGCGAGAAAGGUAGCUUGCUCGUGUGGGACUUCGCGCACAACGUUGUCUCGCCAGUGCAGACGUGUUCUCCCCAGUCACUCCUUAUUUUGAGGUCACACCCACAAAACCCAGACAUUGCAGCUCUGGGGUAUAAGGGUGGCCUUAUAGUCGUGCAAGGCCUGAAAAAGGGCAACAAUGCCAUCUAUAAGUUGAAAGGGCACACGGAAGAUGUCUUGUCAAUGUCCUGGUCUCUUCCUUCAGGCAGCUCAGAACUGCAGCUAGCUUCGACAGCUUUGGACCGUACGCUACGAAUAUGGGACGUGGAAAUAGAGAAAGCGAGACACACGCUCAAAAUCCCGGCUUCCUCAAAGAACCGUAAGGUCGACGUCAGCCAAAAAGGUCGGCAGUGGGUUGUGGCGACGUGGGUGCCGUCAUCUCCAGGUGUGGUCGCGUGCUCUACGAUGGCAGGGGACGUCUGUCUGUGUGACACACACUCGCCGCGUUCAGGGUGGGACUUCCUGGAGGUGGAAAGUGACUCUGCAGGUCACUUCAGAUGUGUCUUCAGCCUUACUAUCGUUGGAGCGCAACAAAAGACCUACGUCGUUUCAACGUCGCUUGAUCGGAACAUAGUCUUCUGGGACGUGGCAGCAAAGAAGUCUGCGUACUGCAUUCCUUCUUUUGGGGGUUUCCCAUAUUCCUUGAGCUUUUCUCCGAUUGCCUGCGCGUCACUCGCAAUAGGAGGUGGGGACAGCACAAUAAAACUGUGGAGAACGGACUGUGUCACAAACCCGUAUAGCAGCGCGUCAUUCUGGCAAGGCAUUCGUGGGCGAGUUAUGACAGUGGCAUGGCAUCCAAAGAAAGAGGACGUCAUCGCAUUUGGCACGGACGACGGCAAAGUGGGAACAGUUAACGUAAACACGAAGCAAGCCGUUGUGUCAGUGUCACACCACAAGCAAGUCACGUACGUCGUUUGCUGGGCCGAACUGCCCGACCUUGACUCGGACGACAAAGCAGAGAAGGCAUUCCUUCUCUCUUGUGGUGAUGGGAAAGUGAAAGUGCACCACUUGCCAAAGUUGGAGAAGGAAGCGUUAGACUUAAGCACAUCCGUACUGAAGGAGACUUCGACAAAAUUGAAGUGGACCGCCGUGAAUUUUGACAGGGACCUUUGCCUUCUCACACUCGGGAGUAUGGACGGCUCUGUUCAUAUUUACAGCUCGAAAACUCUGAGAAAAAUUGCCAUACUCGAAGCGCAAAGGAAAGCCGUGGAAAACGUGCUGUGGCACCCAACUCACACGGCCUCGUCGCUUCAAGAAAGCUCGCUAAAAUUCUUCCUGGCCUGCUCGUCGUGCGAAGGUCCGAUCCAUCUCUACGACUUGAGAGGUCUUGCCGGGAAAAAGGACGAAGUCCUGCACGUCACCCAAUCCACGACGCAGUUGAUCGGCCACAGCUCAAAAGUGGUCUCGCUUUCUUGGAGUCCAUUCCGUGAGGGAUGCCUGGCCUCCGCAUCCUACGACGGCACAGUGCAGGUCUGGGACGCCGUGCAGAACAGGCCAGUUGCAAACUUCCGAGGCCAUUCUGGGCGAGCGAUUUCUUGCUGUUGGAGUCCAGUUGAUCCAGAUGUCGUGUAUUCUGGUGGCGAAGACUGCACUGUGAGACGCUGGCUAGUCUCACAGCAGAAAGAUACACUUGCCCCUUCUAAAACGGAGAAGCAAAAGCUGAAAGCCGAGGCUGCUCCGAAACCCAUCGUCCUAGCAUCCGACACCCUGUGCGAUAGUGAAACGGAUGGUGCAGAGAAGGCACUCGACAGCAAGAGUUCAUCAAGUGAAGGACGAGAUUCUUUGGUGCAGUUACCAGGGAAAUCGUCGAGUGCUAAAUCAGGUCCACCCAGUGGAAGCAAGAAGAAAAAGCCAAUGAAAUCCUUCUUUCCUGCAUUCUCUGCACAGGAGAACAAGCCAAAGGAAUUUGCAGCCGAAGAUUGUAUGUCGUUAGCUGACAAGCUAGCAGAUAAAAGCUGUGCUCGUGGACACUUUACAGAACCGAAUAGUCACCUGAACAUGUUCCUUGACACUGAAGGCGUGUUAGCUACAGUUUGCACUGAAAUUAGCCAGCACAAGAAGGAUCUCAAUUUCGAUCAAGCAUUUCAAAUGAUGAUUUGGAAGGGCGACGUAGCCGAAGCAUUGCACGAAGCCGCUGCUGCCAGAAAAUUGAACGACACCCUCGUUUCGCUCGCUCCGUCAGUCUCUCGGACACUCUGGCUGGAGAUGUGUGAGAAGUAUGCGGAACAGCUCUUGAGCGAUGGCGAGCACCACCGUGCUGCCCUCUACCUCCUGACAUGCCACAAAAUACCGGAAGCUAUACAACUUUUGUGCAGCAAUGGUCAUGUGCGAGAGGCUUUGGUCAUUGCCAAGGCACACCUUGUAGAAGGAGAUCCCGAAACAGCAGACAUAUAUGUUGCAUGGGCAGAAAAAGCAAAACGAGUUGGCAACUACGAGCAAGCAGCAAGGUGCUACCUAGCAGCAGACGACGCUCGAAAUGCGGUAAAAGUCUUACAGAACAGGAGAGACGCAAGAACUAAGCGGGCAGCAGCAUACAUUGCCAAGAAGUUUGGGCUACAGGCGGAAGCGAACGCAGUGUUUGCAGAUGCAAUUGAAGCUGCACUGGAGCAGAAGGAUUGGGACACGGCACAGAAGUUAGUGGAAGAACAGGAAAAGCCAAAAGUGUUCCUAUGUUUAGUUGGGAUGCAUCGAUGUCUUACGGAAGCACUUGCAUGCAUAAAAGCUGCAAGUAAGUUUUCCACAGAAGGAAGCGGCGAAGACAGACAAGCCAAUGAGGCAAUCCUCCGGGGCGGGCAUGCGGAUGUGUCCGCCAAGUUUUUGCAGAACGUCCGCGAAACGUGGAACAGCUGCAACGUCCCAUUCUUUAAAGCCUCAGAGCAGUCGGCAGAUUUGAGACACCUCCUCAAAGUGUCUUGCAAUUCAGUGACGGAACAAGAAGCCCUUUUCCGCAGCUCCGUCUGCUUGACUCUAGCCGUUCUCGAAAGUGAAACGUAUGACCUGAAUGUUGCCAAAGCUGUUUCGUGCAGUCUGUUAUUCAGUACAGACUUCUUCAACCAGCUUUGCUCGCUUCUUUAUUGCACAAAAGUUUCGGGCGAAGAUACGGCUUUCUCUGGUGACGUGGCAGUUAUCUUGGACUGCCUUAAGGAGAAUGAAGUAUCAGUUGAUUUUCAGUGCCCUGCGUCUACGGUCAGUUUGCUUGAUGAGUUCUUGAAGCUGAAAGGACGAAAUGCAGCGCAGGUUAAUAUUGGCAGGGACAUUUUAGGUCUCCUAUUUUCUGUAGCUGUAAUAGAAGUCCUUGAAAAGAUUCCUUUGGGUUCGUCUUCAGUUUCUGACAUUCUGAAGAGGUUAGAACCUCUCAUUUUAAGUCCUUCGCUCGCGUGCCUGGAGCACCUAAUGAAGAAGCUCCGAAGAAAACAGGAGCUCCUAAUGCACAGGAGAGUCGAGUUAAUGAGAAUGUCUCUUCAGUCUAGUGGGGACGUUGCCCAUGAUGUGGAAGAUCGUUUGGCAGAAGAUGUGGAUACUUUGUCACUGCAGAGAGACUGUGAAAUUUUGAAAAACGAGCUGCAGGAAGCUACUCUGGACUGUAAUUUUCCAGAUGUGUCGGCUCUGAUUGACACGAUUUUAGUCAUGCUGAAGUGCUGUGACGAUAAAGAGAUUGUUAGGUUCAAGAAUACUUUGACCAGUUGGAAGGAACUAAUUUUAAGCGAAAACCCAGGCAGCGGUGAUGCUUAAUCGUUGUUCAUCAUCUUGUUGUUUAUUUGUUUUUGUUUGCAUUGUGUACCUGUAAGGUUUAAAUUAAACUGUUACAAAUGUUU